AUGGCUAUUCUAUCAUCUUUGACUCGGAGCUUAGCCAUAGGAGCGCGUCCAUUGCCAUUUAAGCCGACGGUAUGUAACAGAAAUCCCCAAGACGAGGCAGUGCUAACACACCGCGGCCUCUUUCGGCAACAAGUAAAGAAGCCAUUUAUCCCAUCACCUGAGCAACUCAAGGUUGUGCAACUCUGUGCCGAGCAAAAUGUUGUUGUAUCAGCACGACCUGGGUCAGGCAAAACGGCCACAGCAGAAGCUAUUGUAGCCGCGUACCCACACUUACGAACAGGUGCAUUCGUCUACACGAAGCUCCUUCAACUUGAGACCGAUCGCCGGUUCAAAAAAUACCCCAACGCCAAAGCUUUUACUAUGCACACAAUGGCGAGGUUACUUUCUGGGGUUGUCGUGCCCAACGAUGUAACUUUAUUGAAGCAGAUAAAAGCGAUUGUGAAUAGUAACAUGCUUCCCCCAGGGCAUUUUGAGCCGUUUGAUAUCAUCGUGCUGGACGAGUUUCAGGACUGCUCGGAGUUACUCUAUUGGUUGAUACUCUGCUUUAUCCGAGUAAACACUCUGAAGAGGGGAGGGCAGCCCGCCCGCCUCAUCAUUCUUGGGGAUGAGCGGCAGUCCAUCUACAAAUACCGCGGCGCCGACCAACGUUAUCUAACUUUGGCUUCCGAUUUGCUAGGUCAUACCAACCCCUCCCCCUUUGUGAAUCUUCCAUUGAGUGAAAGCUUCCGGCUAUCGAACGAGACAGUUCAGUUCAUCAACCAGGCUUUUCUCGGUGGAGACUCGUAUAUAACCAGCUCGAAGACUGGCCCUAAACCCAUUGUCUUGAGAUGCAACCCUUAUCGCAGUUAUGGGUUGGCCAAGAAGUUGCUAACUUUGAUCGAUCAAUACGGCGCGGAGAACACCGCAAUUAUAGCGCCCGCUAUACGCGGAAAUGGCGCAUUGAUAAAACUUGUCAACAUCCUGGCUGAAGAGCAUCACGUACCAAUUGCUGAACCGAUUGAUGAUGAUGGCCCUCUAGAUGAAAGGGUCAUUGAUGGGAAGAUGUGUAUUUCGACCAUCCACCAGUUCAAAGGUAGAGAACGUGAUCUGAUCAUUCUCUUGGGUAUCGACUCUUCAUUCUUCGAAUACAUUGGUCGCGAUCUUCCGGACAACACCUGUCCCAACCAAGUUUUUGUAGCUUUAACGCGUGCGGUGAAACAGCUUGUCUUGGUCCAUGACGAUCGCAAGGAGGUUAUGCCGUUUGUAUCUGUUGAUGCGCUUUACAAAACGGCCGACGUCAUUAACAUGACGCCCAAUAAGGGCAAAAUUUCAUUGCCCGACAAACCUGGCCGCCCUAUACAGCUUGGACUUGUUUUGCCCAAGAAGGUCCGCAUCAGUGACAUAGCCAGACACGUCCGGGGUGAACGUCUUGAUGAGAUCGUUCGGCGUGACUUGAGUAUCCAAGAAAUAUCGCCUCAACAAGAUCUUAUUAAAAUUCCCAAUGUUGUGUCUUCUGAUCCAAAAAGGGGAUUUUACGAGGCUGUGGGCGACGUGAAUGGCCUCGUUGUUGAGGCAGCAUAUCAGCACGCUAUUACAGGGACCGUAGCAAUACUCAAUUCCAACAAUGACGACACUGACCAAAACAUUCCAGUCAAUCCGGAGGCGCAAAUCCCUUGGCUUUGCCGGCAGGCAUGUAAAUAUCAAGCUGAUUUCUCAGGCUACCGCCCGCGUCAACUUCAGAUGAAAGAACACGCAUUCAACUGGAUUGAACCAAAGAAGCUUGAAUUAGCCAGGGGUCGGCUUCAAAGAGAACUCGGUGACUCGGCAGCUAAUAUUCACUUUGAGGUUGCAGUUCAACAAAGCUUUGAUGUUGACAAUGAGCGAACUAUACUAUAUGGUCGAGCUGACGUUGUUAGCAUGCCCAUCACUGUAGAUGGUGGUGAUACUAAAAGUAUUGAGUCUGUUUGGGAGAUUAAGUUCGUCUCGCAGCUUUCUAACGAACAUAUCGUACAAGCAUGCACAUAUGCAUACUUGUUGGCUGUUCAAUUGGGUCGGAUACCUCGUAUUAUACUCUUCAACGUGCGGGAUGGAAAGAAAGUGGAGAUCACACCAUACGAUGGACUUGAGGGACUGCGGCGUAUGAUCGAAAAUAUUCUUCGACUCAAGUUUACGGCCUUAGAGGAGAUUGGGGAUGAGGAAUUUGUUGAGAUGUGUGCAAAGUCAGCACAGAAAGUUUCGAGCUUGGAUGAUCCAGAGAAGUAA